AUGUUAGAUGCAGCGCAUAUUGCUCUUAAUUUUAUAAUGUUAUUGCAGGAGACGAUUCCAGUCAGUCUGGAUGAAACACGCGAGAAGUUGCUUCAGGCGUUAAAGAACGAAGCGACAUUUUUACUCGACAACAGUGACGAAUUUUCGCAUGAGAAAAUGAAUUUGAACACAAUUUCGGCUGAGAAAUUACGAAGUACCUUAGAGCAAUUUCUGAGGAAACAAAUCGACGAAGUUCAAUUGCGAACUGAUACAAAUAUUGGUGGUGAUUCUAGUGAUAGCAGAAGUGAUGACAGCAUAUCCAACUCAUCAGCAGUGGUCACUACCACUUCCUCAUCAAACCGAUCAGCUCCGUCGCCACCUGAUGGUUAG